UCCCGCCAUUUCUCCCUCCGGUGGAGUGGGCCAUUCAAAGACGGUUCGCGAAGCUCGCGGCCAGCCAUACUUCAGUUUGGCGCGCUUACCGAGCGAAGGCAGUAGCGUGCGGUGUUGCCACUCUUCUUGGCGGGAAACCGAAUUUUCCUCGCGCGAAAAUCGUAGCAGAUCAUUGAGCUAUAAAAUCGAGUUUAUGUGCUAUCUGUGAAAAUGACCGGCUCUAAUGUUUUGCGGUGGCUCAGUGUAGUAUGCCUUGUUUUGUCGAUCGAAGCCACCCGGCCACAGCGGUCGCUGGGCGAGCCGUGCGCGACGGGCGCGGACUGUGCGCCCGCGCAUGCGCGCUGCGAGGCCGGCGCGUGCGCGUGCGAGCCAUACUACGCGCGGGCCAACGCCACCACCUGCCUCGAAUCGACCCUGCUGGGCUCGGAGUGUGCGGUGUCGGAGCAGUGUUCACUGAAGGUGGCGUACAGCGCGUGCCUCGAGGGCGUGUGCCGCUGCACAGACGGCCAUCUGCAGUUCAGGAAGCACACUUGCUUGUCUCCCGCGCCGCCGGGACACGUCUGUUAUAGCAACGAGCACUGCCGUCUGUGGGACAAGGAGAGUCACUGCGAAUUCGUCAUACCGAACCUCUUCGGGAGGUGUGGCUGCAACCCCUCCUUCAGGAAAAUUGGCGACAGAUGUGUAGCGCAAAAACCUACGUAUCCUACAGAAGCUGUCAUCGCCGAAGAAGACCCUACCGUCGCGGAUGUAUCGAGUAGUCCGUCUGAGAGAGUAGCAGCAGCGGCACAAACUAACGUCAAAGUUGGUGCUGAUGGGACAAAAUAUGAAUUUUCUGAACUCGACGAUCCUCAGCCGAGCAAACUGCCGCUGUCGACGAACAAAAACGACGUCCUGAGCACGCAAGAAGACAGCCCGCUCAUGCAGGCUGUCAUGAAAGCUCCAACAGUGGAGCCGGCGAAACGGCUCCCCAUAUCUAUCAGGAAAGACGGGGAGCCAAACGAAACUAUGGUGGGCGUAGAUGAGCUAACAGCGAACCUUCACGCAAACGAUCAGCCAGUGUACAGAGUGGUGACACAACCGACUGUAGACAAGAAGACGAACAAGAAGAGUGGGUCCAAACUUCAUCAGAACUCUGGGAAGCCUUACAAAACUGGUCAUCAACAGAAGAAGUCAUCCUUGAAAGACAAGCACCGGACCCGAACAGAGUCAGUCCAAGACCUAGGGCCAGUGUCUCUGGGCAUGCCGUGCCUCACUGACGCCCAGUGCCAGCAGAUGGACGCCUACUCGCGCUGCGCCAACAAGCGAUGUGACUGCGCCUACAGAACCAACUCCACCGCCGCCUGCUCAGCUAGGAACCGGGGGUGCCUGCCCGGGACCUUCCAGUGCCGAUCAACAGGUGUCUGCAUCAGCUGGUACUUCGUGUGUGACGGACGCAAGGACUGCCCUGAUGGCUCGGACGAGACCUGUGAAGGUACUGGGAAAGACGGCACAGGCGAGCGGUGUCCCAUGCACGCGUUCCGGUGCGGCGGGCUGGGCUCCAAGUGCGUGUCGCGGGCGUCCCGCUGUGAUGGCAAGCCGCAGUGCCCAGGCGGGGAGGAUGAGAGGAAUUGCCGCGCUACUAGGCGUAAAGGUUGUCCCCGCCACACGUUCCGCUGCAACUCGGGCGAGUGCCUGCCGGAGUACGAGUUCUGCAACGCGGUGAUCUCCUGCAAGGACGGGUCGGACGAGCCGCCGCACCUGUGCAAUGAGCAGUCCAGAUGGCGCGCAGCAGACUUCUGCCCGCUGCGGUGCGGCAACGGGCGGUGCCGCAGCACGGCCGUGGCGUGCUCGGGCCGCGACGGCUGCGGGGACAACUCCGACGAGAUCGCCUGCUCCGUCUGCCGAUGCCCGGCACCACCAAACCCGGAACUGCUGGCGUCAAAUAAGUAAGCAGGACGGAACCUCUUAGAAAAUACUCUAAUCGAACGAGAAUAGGUUUCAACAGGAUCUCAAUUUUGCUGCGAAAUUGACAAUGUAUUCAAAAAUAAGUUUUUUUUGUCUAAUCAAUAUGGAAAUCAACUGCGAUUGGUGUAGCUCGCCGUAUAUUGGAUUUGAAUACCCUGUCCCACAACAAUGAUCUACCUGCCUAUUAAAGAAAUCAAGAUACUCUAAAACUAAGUAAGACUGAGGAGUCAUACUCUGAUUUAUUUUUAUAAAAUUAAAAAUAAAGAUCUUUGUAAUGUAAGUAAAAAAUAUGUACAUAAUACUUCAGUUAGAAAUAAGUAAAAUGAAACAAAUAAUUAAGUAUGUAGUAGAAAUUAACUUAGAUAUUCAGUAUACACCAUAUUUUAGCCAAAAAUAUGUGCAGUAUGCAUUAUUUAUUGGUCUUGCUAGCCCAUGUUUAGAUAUAAUAAAACCAACGAUAUUAGUUAUUCAAAAUCUACCACAAAAAACCAUAACAGUUCAUAGAAAUUUUAGAAAUCGAGCGUGAGUGCGAAAAUUCGACAUAAAAAUAUCAGUUUUGGUAAUUUUUAUGUUUCUUUUUCAAUUGAAUAAGAUUAGUUAAUGGCUAAGUGUAUUCGAGUCAAGUGUAACUUAAUGUAUUAUAGCGUGAUUGUGUGUGAUUGUGAAUAUUUAUUAAAUUAAUUAUUAAAUA